GGAGAGAGGACGUUGCGCCCCUAACAAAACUUGUCUACGUAUUCAACUACGCGAAGUUGUGAACAUUCAAUUAAAAAUUAUAAACUGAAGUUGUGAUGUGUUAAGUGUGCUAGGAUUAAAAGUGAGUGAAGUGAACAUUGAAAUAAGUUAAAAUUUGUACAAAUAUAACAUUUUGAUAACAAAAUGUGCAAACACAUGGUUACCGGGCUACUUGUUGUUAGUUUGAUUUUGACUUCAGCGGGAGCCAAUGAAAACUGCAACAAAGACAUGCUGCAGCGAUGCGCCAUGGACCUGCCUGUGCUAAACUCACCGGAGAUCUCCUUCGCCUUAACCAGGGAAGAACUAGACAAGAGUUGCAUAAAACUCCACUCCGGCAUAACCUGCAUCGAUAACUACACAAGCGCCUGCAUGUCCAGACACGAACAGACCGUCUUCCGUAAAAUCUACUCCGGAAUCAGCGAUGGCAUGAAAGAACUCUGUACCCCCGGUGCUUACCAAGACGAGUACUUGAAACACGCGCGCUGCGUGAAGAUCUUCUGGGCUGAUUAUGAGCAAUGUAGCCAGAAGUAUGAGGUUACGCUUACCCAUCUGAAUGAUCAUCAGAAAAAUGAGCAGUAUUCUACGGAUCAGCGAGAUAUUAGCACGAGCCAUGAGGAUUAUUUGAGGACAGUUUGUUGCUCAUUCCAGGAGUUCAUGUCGUGCUCCGAAGAAACUGUGCAGAGGACGUGCGGUGAUGAGGCUGCCGUCUUCACCAGCAAGUUCCUCAAGCAGAUGGCUUCCAACAUUAUAAAGAAUUUCUGCUACGAAUACCGAGAUAAAGAAUGCGCCGCGCCAGGAAAGGCCAGCGCAACGUUCCAAAACCUCCAACUUGUUCUCAUUGCUCUUUCGGGGCACCUCGCGUAUUAUCUCGGGAACCUAGUGCCAACGUAAACUAACCUAAAACAAUUUUAGGAAUCGAUAUUGGAAAUUAGAACAUUCGUGCGUGUGUGAGUGCAGUGAACUGUAAAUAGUGAGCGUUACAAUUAUAGUGUUUUGUUAACUUAAUUUUUAUGCAUCACUUCGAAACGGUAGCUAUUAAUUUUCGCAUGCAAUGCGUCUUUUGCCUAGUUUUAUAAGAUAUGAUUUAUGAUCAUUAUAAAGCAUAAACCAUAUUGGAAAUUACUUCAAUAAAUAAACAUUUAAUGCCGGUUUUGUGAGAUUUCAAGGUAAAGCUAAGCUUAGAAAAUACUUCUGGAGAACGUUAAGUAAAUAAAGGCAUUACUUACUUCAAUAAGGCUUGAAGGCGAAAAAGGUACUGAAUUGUUAAUAAUUCGAAAUGUUUUACUACUAUAUGACAUUAUACCUACUUACAUAUUAUAGAAAUAUGGGUUUGUGCAAAUAUACCCUUGAAACGGAUAAGGGAAAGAGAUUUUAGUUAGGUUUUAAAAAGCAUUAAAUGCUAAUUGCAUGCAGCCAAACUAAACUAAUUAGUUUAAAAUAAGGUUUUAUUUUGUAAACUUGUUUGUUAGGGCUUUAAACAUAUACCGUAGACCGGGGUGACUUUGGAAAAUUUAGGGUUACUUUGAUAGAUUUAAAACGGCCAUAGAAUUACCAUUACUCAUUAUUUACUGAAAAUGUUCCUGUAACCAAUUAGAUUACUAUAUAUUAAUAUUCACCUACUGUAAAAAAUCUCGCAUAAAAACUAGAAUUUUAAAGUCGCCCCUGCAUUUGAAAGUCACCCCGGUCAAUGGUACAUGAUAUGGAUGUCUAUGGUUCAUGAAUAUUUCUAAUCAUCUAAGCUGAAGGAAGUAUGUUAUAUAUUUUAUCAUAGACAAUAAUCAGAAGACAUACAUUUUAAUUACAGAUGUAGUGCAUAAUUAUUAUCCUUCGUAUUUUCACGGAAACAUACGAACGUGUCUUGCUAUUUCAGUCAGUCUCGGUACAAAAAGUACUGAGGUUGACUGAAGUGGCAUGACAAAAACGAACGUUUCCGAGAAAAUACGAUGGAAAACAAUUAUGUACUACAUCUGUAAAUAUACUUAAACGGUUACUAACGUUUUAAACCGAAAAUAGCUCUAACGAACGUAAAGCCGGAUACUCAUUAGCAAGCCGUAACCGUAACCGUUGCACCAAAAAGCAUAACGUGUACGUGGUUCGCAAACCUGCGGUUACGGCUCGCUAAUGAGUAUCCGGCUUAAGUCAAUCAUUUAUGUUGAAGUUUCAAAAACAUGAAUUAAUGUGUAUGAUGGCUCUAAAUCUUAAACAGUUGUUUAUCCUCCUAAGGCUCAGCCAUUUAAAUGAAAAAUCCAAAAUUUGCCACUGCAAUUUGAACCUUUAGUGCAGGGAGUAGAGUUGAUUUUGGUUUAGAUUGAAAAUUGAACGAAACAAAACAAAUGCGACUCUGUUCCAAUUGAAUAUGAUUUAAAUUUCAUCGAACUGAAUAAGUACUAUAGGUAGGAUCUUGGGUCUUAGGAGGCUAUUACAAUGUUUUAAAGCAUAGCUACCUACUGCGCAAUCCUACCUACAUUUUAUGAAGUUCUAAGUUAUUACUCAAGAAUUUCAUAAAAUCUAGCUUUAAUGUUUAAUUGUCCAUUAAAACAUAAUUAUAAGCUCAUUAUAAUUCAUAGUAAUAUCUAUAAUGUAUAGUAUUUAAUGCCAUGUUCGAUCGUGUUAGGUCUUGUAUUUGAGCCUUGAAACUAAGCUCACAACUUCCUGUGAUACAUAUAUAGAUAUCUAAGGAAAUAUCCAUUUUAUUUAUAAGCAUGUAGUUUGUUUCAUGGAAUGUUUGAUAUUUUUCACUAAACUGUAAAACGUAAUUCAAGACCAAAAAAAGUAAGACAAAGUUGCCAUUGCAAUAAUUUGUUUGUAAAAUAGUAAAUUCCUUUUGAUAAAUAAUCACGCUAAGAUAAAUUAUUCAUUCGUAAUUUCACUCCUACUAUUUAAAAAAAUCUUUUAUUUAUUUAUUUUUAAAUAAAUACAAGACGCGCUAGUAAAAAGUGGCAACAUUGUUUACUUUUUUGGUGUUGAAUUAUGUUUUGCAGUGUACAUAGGUAAUAAUUGAGUCGCUUAACUUCAAACUCGGGUAAAUCCAUGUGUCAGAUUAAGCGAUUUUGGUAUUAAGAAAUGAUAAUAGGGUAGAUAUUCGCUGAGAGGGUCGAAUGGAUUUACCCGAGUUUGAAGUUAAGCGACACAAUUUCACUUAGUUAUACUUUUGCAAAGUGAAUGUCUUUAAAACUAUUGCUAGGUUUAGUUGUUAUUUCAAUUUAUUUAUAAGCAUUACUUACUUUUUAUGAUGAAUAGACAUGACAAAGGAUGAAAUUGAAAUAAAUAUAGAGGAAAUUAAGGGAAUAAAUAUGAGAAAAAAUCAUUACGUAUUACAUACACAAUUUAUAUUUUUAUUUAAAAAUGGAUAACAUGUUUCUUGUCUGCUUUUCCAAAAAAAAGUGCAAAAAUACUGCUCAAUACACGCUGAAAUUUGGUAUGCACAUACCCUAUUAACAAUGCAUCAUUGUAGUAAAACUGAAAAAUAUCUGUUUUCUGAAUUUUUCGCAGAAAAUGUACACAAUUUUACAAUAUUAUUAUUCCUGGAAUUAGUAAAAUAGUUUUCAUUUCAAUAUGUGCUAUAACAUAUAUAAAUUCAUUUAAUUUACAAUAUUUGUUUAACUAUUUACUUACAUAUAAAAUGGUAAUUAUUUCACUUACCGUUUUACUACCCGCUGGCGGGUUAUUAAAGUACAUACUUACACAAUAAUAUAUGUAUCUAAUUACCUAAAUUAAAUAAAAUGUUAGUAAUUUUGGUGAAGACCACUUAAAAACCUACUUAAUUCCCUAAAUGCCAUUAGAAUUUUACACAAAAAAGGAACCAAAUUUUAUUUUCAAUGAUACAUCGUGACAUCCAUUAAUCAUAUUAGCCACUUUUGUUAAAAAAACAGCGAUGUCACUGGCAAGCGUCAAUAGGCCUGUUAUUAUUGAAUACAUACAAAAGCAGACACGAAUAUUCAAUACACACAAAUAAUGCAGAGGUUUUCGUAAUUUUUUGAUAUUGUAAUAUUUAAUGUUUUCGCAAAAGAAAAGUUUUUAAGGGGUACGAUUGUUGUGCUUACCUCAGAAAAUUUACCUAUGAGGGCGCUUCCAAACAAUUUGGACACACUAAUGGGUCAUGAAAAUUGUAAACUACACUUUUUUCAAAUUUGGGAAAAAGUGCCCCAAGAUUUUUAUUUCCAUUCUGUUACCGUUUUUGACUUUGUAUGACGGUAACGGAGAGGACGGUCUGAGUAGGUACAAAUCAAACAUAAAAAAGUGUAUGUGCAACUUUAAAUAAAAUAUACCUACAUUAUUUCAUGGAAAUGCUGCGAUGUAAAUUCGUUUUCCAAAUACUUUUAAUAAAAUCGAGAACCGUUUUUAGUACAUUUGCAUUGUCUAGCUAGAAUACUCAAUUUCCGAUACAAUGUUUUUGCCGUUUUCAUUUUUCCAACGAAAUUAACUGGGCAGGUUGAUGUUUGCCAUAGACUACAUAAUACCGUAGCAGAUAUUUCACUUUGUAACUAAAAUUAUAUUCUCAGCGAUUCUUCUUUCUUCUCUUUUUUCUUUUUUAGUUGUAUUAGUUAGUGGCCUGGUCUUUGUAAUUUGACACGGAGAACUGAAAUUACAUAAGUAGUCAGUUUCCAUUUUUCCCAUUGCUAUUGUAUUCCAUUUUGUAUGGCAGUUGUAAUACGUAUCUUGUUACUUUAAUGAAACUUUAUCAAGAGUGGUUUAUUUGUGAGGUGUUAUGUAAUCUGCGUUCCUGGAAGAGACUACACGAUGCACUUUGAAAUAUUUUACAUAAAUAUUUAAUAUUCAAAGCAAAGCCUUUUAAAGUUAUCUUUAACUGUUCACAGUUUUGAACUCUGUUAUAAUAUGAUAAGGUUUCAUUUAUAUUGUCAUUUUGUCUCAUAUAUAUGACACCUGAUACUUUCCUUACUAUUUUCAGUUUAUUUAGUCAGAUAUUGGGUAUUUACCACAAAUUUGUUACCACUGGUAAUAGCCAGGAUUUUUUUUCAUCUGCUACCACUUGUAAGAACAGAGAAGCCAUUUCAGUCUUGAAAUCUACCAAUUCACUCGGUAGUAACGCAGUUCCAAAUGGUAACAGAUAAGGAAAAAAUGUUCCCAAUGGUAACAGACAAGGAAAAAAUGUUACUACAAAAUUUUUACCACUGGCUUGUGAGCGGUCAGCCAAUCGUGUUGCUAGAAAGUAUCUGAAAAUUCAUCCUAUCUAUUUAAUACUAGUCGUGUUUCCAAAGAGCAGAAUAACAUUAUCUUAUAUCUGUUUUCAGUUAAUUUGCUAAUAUCAUGAAUGGUUGGUCUUUCUAUACAGGGUGAUUUUGUUAUGAUUAGUGUAAUUUCAAUGUAGGUGCACACACUGAGAGAUAAUAUAAUUAUACUACAGUAAAAUUAUACUAUAAUUUAUGUUAAAUGUACUAUCCAAACUGAGAGACGAUUGUACAGGUCAUUUUAAAAUUUGAUAUGGAACCUACCACCACAAUACAAAUAAUGUUUCAUACAUUUUGGCAUAUUACAGUGAAACCUGGAUAAGUGGGAUCUCAAGGGACGAGCAAAUUUGUCUCACUUAAAGAGGUUUUCCACUUACCCAGGCUCCCAGUUAGCCAGGUACAAAUAAAUUUCUGUCUCAUUUACAGAGGGUUCUAUUAAUAGAGGUGAGAAUAGAGUAUAUUUCAGUUAUAGAGUUGGUUAAUAAGGUAUUUAGUAAUUAUCUUUAAAAAUAAAUAAGGUAAAAUAAUCCUUGUCACUAAAUAUUUUUUUAAGUCUGUUUAAAUAUUUCUUUGUAUUUAUUUUGAAUGAUUCUCCAAAGGAUAGAUAUUUCAAAAUUAAAUUAAAUUUGAUACGGACUUCAUUGCGUAUUAGAAAUUUAAUAAAUGAAAAUUUAUUUUUUCGUGUUAUAUAUCAAAAUUUCAGCUUUCGUUUCGAUAGUUUUAACUACUUACAUAAAUUAACUAAAUCAAACUUGAAGUUCUUUAGACACAAUUAGGCAAAUGCGGAAUUUGUGGAUAGACUCAGAGUUAGCAAGAAUACGGAAAUUGUUCAAUGAAGUUCAAGUUAGAGAGGUCAUAGAUUGACGUUAUCUCAGAUACAGAAGUCAAUUCCCUAUAAAAUUCUAAAAAACAAUUAGGAAAAUGUAAUCUUAUAAAUAUAGUCUCAGUAAAAGAGGUAAAAAUACACUCUCUGUCUCAAUUAUAGAGGUAAAUGUGACUAUAAAGUCACAACAACGAAUCCCAGUUAUAGAGGUUCGUUUUUUCUCAGUAACAGAGGUAAUUAAGCGCUAAAGUGUCGGGACCGCAACAUGAGUCCCAGCUAUAGAGGUUUCUCACUUAUCCAGGUCCCACUUAACCAGGUUUCACUGUAUAUGUGGAGUUGGAUCCAUAGUAAAAUAUGCUGAGUACUUAGGUACCUCUCAGACACUGGCUUAAUGUAACAAAGUCAAACUGUAAUAAGAAGUGUGUGGUUAUGUACGUAAUUAUUUGUUUAAUUUACGUCAUAAUUAAAUCAUCAUCAUCAUCUCAGCCUACAUACGUCCCACUGCUGGGCACAGGCCUCCUCUCGAGCGCGAGAGGGCUUGGGCUAUAGUCCCCACGCUAGCCCAAUGCGGAUUGGGGACUUCACAUACACCUUUGAAUUUCUUCGCAGAUGUAUGCAGGUUUCCUCACGAUGUUUUCCUUCACCGAAAAGCGACUGGUAAAUAUCAAAUGAUAUUUCGUACAUAAUUAAAUAUUAUAUGGAAAUUUAAUUUGAGUACACGUUACACCGGUUACUAGUGUAAGGGUACUUCUCAGGUGUCCUAGCUAUACAUAUCCACAAAUAGAAGUAUAUUCAAUUAUAUCUACAUAUCAUAUCAGUGUAAAUAUUCAAGUCAUAGUAUAUAUGCGUAUGUCAUAUAACUAUGUUCGACCUAUCUGAUUUUACCAUGCGAAAUUGAAUUUAAAUCCAAAGGUAUUAAAGUUUAAUUUUGCCUGUGUCAGGUUCGAACAUAGUCAAGUACAUACCGGAUGGUUAUGAUCUUGGGGCUUUAAAUCUAACGAUUGAUUUUAUUCCUCUAACUGAACUAAAUAAGGUCAAUACCGGUAAGUAUUGGCUGGCUUUCAUACCGGUAUGGCCUGUUUGCGAAUUGAUUAGUGUUUAUGGCGUGUCCACAUAUUUGCCACUAAACGUAACAAGUAGCGAACGUACGUAUUCGCAAUAAACACUAAUCGAUGUGUAAACAGGCCCAAAUUCCGUAUACGGCCGGAAGAAGUAUAUUUUCCCUCCACUUAUCAAUGUUAUCAUCUUCCCGCCGUGUACAUUAAUAGUUAGGGAGGCGAAUAGGGGAAUUUUCGGCAAUACUCGAGCGUGGCAGUUUAAGAUAUGAGAGAUACCUUCGACCUAAUAGAACAACCUUGUAAAGUAUUUAGCUCUAUAUGUAGUGACGCGCGCCUAGGAUAGACGAUCAGAUUAGUAAAAAAAAAUGGAUAGUCUGAAAUACUCGCUCGAAGGUAUCUCUCAUAUCUUAAACUGCCACGUCAGAUUAAGAUAUUGGGGGUUGAUUUUAGUGUUUAAAGACUAAAUUUAACUAAUCUGACGAUAAGUCCUUGACGCCGCCGAGUUAUAGGGUCGCGAACUUGUAAAAAAAAACGUUAAUCCGGCAUUCUCGAGCGCUAUUUUUUAUUUUUUUAUUUUGAAGAAUAUAAUCUAAAACUUACUAAAAAUACAAAAUGUGCCGGUUUCCGCGUGACCGGAAGUGUGGAGGAGCCAUUUCGUCUUCCUAAGAACGCGUUGCGGCAUAUAAGUCGCGAACGAUACAUUUUACAAAAAAAAAGUUUAAAUAAACAAAAAAGGUAAUUUUAUUUUACACAAAAAAGGUCUCUUUACAUUUUUGUCCAAAGUUAAAACAUUUUGGAAAAAAAAGAAACCAAAAAACCUUUUUCGGUCAGAUUAAGAGAACCCACCAACAUUUUUGUCAGAUUAAAAAAAUAUGCUUUCAGGAUACCGAGAUAAACCUCCCCUAUGAAAAUCUGACGCGCUCGAGUAUUUCAAAAAAACCUUUUUUUUUUGCAUUUUCAAAAAUUCAUCGUAACUUAUCGUCACGCCGAAAUCGUCAGUUUUUUUAAAGGAAGCUUCCUUGGGGCCUACUUAACACCCCUUCCGAAAAUCUGACGCGCUCGAGUAAAUUUUUUUUUUUUGCAUUUUUGACUACUUUAUAUGCCUACCCCCACCACGCAAACCGGCAGAUUAGUAUACCGUUGUUAUCAGAGGCACUCGGGGCAUACGUAGUAUGAAUAUCUGACGCGCUCGAGAAUGCCCAAGUAACUGUUUUUUUUAACAUUUUUGAAAAACCGUACACGCCAAACCCACCGCUAAAAUGGUUUUUGCCAUACGAGCUUUUCUUUUCGAAAUUAUUUUAUCUUUCGAUUUUGAUAGGUCUCGACGGCGCCGUUGAAUUACGCCAUUUAGCUACCUCGCCUCCCUAACUAUAAGGCCAGCUACACUUUUCCUGCAGCCACACUAACUGCACCAUUCGAACUGUAAGAUACGUCAAAUAUUACGGCUAGAUACGAUAUGGAUUAGAUGAUGAUGGGCGAGAUGUGAUGUUCGAUUUAAGAUGAAUGUUACCACCUAAUUUAUGUACCACAUUUCUGGCAAAUAAACGAUAUUUCUAUUUCUACGUCAGUGUCAAAUGUGUCAAGAAAAAUGUCGCUUUUGACACUGACAUAUCUAAUCCAUAUCGUAUCUAGCCGUAAUAUUUGACGUAUCUUAAAGUUUGAAUAGGGCCGUUAUCCGUAUGGACCUUACUCCGAUCUAUAAACUUAAAAUUAAAUCUAGGUACAAAGGUGUAUUAAGAAAUAAAACUUGACCAUAAGUUACGAGUAUUCUAAAAGGGUUAAGUUUAUAUCGAUUUUUGUAUUUAGAUCCCCAAUAUCAGCCACCCUGUAUAAAAAUCUAAGAUUUGUAACUAGUGUUGCCAGUAGCAAGUUAUUCGUUAACGAAACUAAUUGUAAUUAAUUUAGUUAAUCCGUAUCCAUUAGGUGAUAAUUUAAAAGACUUUAGUCUGUUAGAUAUUAAUGUAUGUGAAAGAAAUAAAAUGUGCGUAUCAAGUAAA